GAAAGUUGUACAAGUGAUAUUUUAUUUUUUGAUGUUGGUUACCUUGCUGAUCACACAUGAUUUUGACAUAUUUUGAUGCAGCUUGCAGCUAAAGCUUACGCUAACGUGACGCUAAUCGUUCACCAUUGUUAUUGUUAUAUAUGGCGUUGUGAUUUCUUCUACCACAAGUACUUGAUUUGAAAAAUAAAUUCUAGAUUCCCGUCUCCAGUCAUUCGAUACAGUUGAUCCUUCUGCCGCGUAGGCAGUCCUUGAAAAAAAUAUAAAAGAUGUUUUCUGAAGGCCACCCAGUGAUAUCAGCUGGCUCCCACACUAUGCAUUCUCUGAGCUCCUCAGAUGAAGAAUCUUUCGUGGUUUUGGGACAAUCUUUGAUACCUGAUGAUUUAUCUUCAAGCGAUGAACGACCCAGUGUGGUGGGCACUGAAGUGGUAGGGGAAGCUAAGCAAUGGAUCAGCAGUGAAAUCAACGCUUUAGAAAAAGAUGAACAGAAACAUGAUGAGGCAGAUGGCAGAUUGCUCAAAAGGGGUGAAAAUAUCGCCGCUGCUGAUACUACUGCAGGGACAAGUAGAGAGAAGAAAGAAAGUUUGAAUUCAAUUGGAAGUGUUGGGUCUGCAUUGGAGAGAUCUGCUGUAUUGCCUGAAAUGCCAAAAGUUGAAAGCACUUUUGAUGUAGGAAGUCCGGUUAGCAUUGCUAGCAUUACAAGUAACUUAUCUUCAGAGGAAGUACAGAACAAAGUCGCACAGAUUAUUGAAGAAAACAUAAAGCUAAAAGAAACCAUACAACAAAAUAAUAUGAGCAUGAAAUCUCAGUAUGAUAGGAUAGUAGCUUGGCAAGAGGAGGUACAGAAAGUGCACCAAGCACAUAAGGAUAAAAUUUUUGAGGCGAAGGCUUGCAUUGAAAAGUUAAAAAAAGACAAGGAGAAUCUGAUGCUUGAAGUAGACAAGCAAAGAGACGUCGUAGCCUCUAAAAACGAAACAAUCAGAGAACUACAAGAAACACUGAACUCGAAACAGUCACAUGAAGCCUUGAACCAGACAAGUGACAAUAAUCUCAAGGAAUUCGAAUUAGAUGCGGCAAAUAAGAAACUCAAAGAUUUGGAAUGUGAAAACCAGAAACUGAAGCAGGAAUAUGCUAAUCUACAGAAAGAUAUUGAGAGGUUUGAAGCAGAUUCAAAACCAGAUAAAGAACUCAUCCAGAAGUUGCAGGGAGAGUUGUGUGCCGCCAGGAUGGAGGUAGGACAGUGCCAGCUCGAGGUAAUUAAAGGAAAGGAAAAACUGAGAGAUCGCGAAACUGAACUUGGACAAAUACUUGCCGGUCUACGCGAACAGAUGUCGAAAAUUACGCCUGCCGAUCCUUUGUUGAAUGAAGAACUAGAGCACACUAAGACACAGCUGACCAACACACAGAUUAUGCUCACUUUGGCUGAACAGAAUAAAUCGGACGCUCUGAAACAGGUUGAUACACUUGGUCAGCAGGUGACGAAGUUGAGUGAGGAAAUGGAAGAACUUAAGCGGAAGAAUGAGCAGACUGACGAAAUGUGCGCAUUGAAAACUCAGUUGGACGUAUACAAGGCAGACUUUGAGGCAGAACGUAGUGCUAAGGAGACAAUAAAACUAGACAAAGACAAAUUCCUGGAGGAUAUUCAGACAUUGCAGGUUUGCAACCAACAGUUGCAAGAGGAACUGGAGAAGGUCCGAAAUGAAUUAUUCGCUCUUCGACUGACCCGUAGGUCCACUACUACCUCGACUAGUGGUGGGAAUACCGCUUCCUCGACGAGCACUGUAUGUACUUUUUUGUCUGCUAUCAUAUUUUUAUUGGCUUAUUAUAUUGUAUAUACAAAAAUUUUUAAUUGGACGUAGUUAUGCGGUAGCAUUGGUAAUUUUGUCAGGGAACAAGGUUUCGGUAUUAACUUGACGUUAAGAAAUAACACUACUCGAUUGAAUAGUAAUUGAACCAAACUCUGUCUGCGAUAAUUCAGAAGGUCUGAUGUUUGUGAAGCAAAAGCUUUUACACAUUAAAAUAUUUUUGCAUUUCAAUUUUUUAUAUCUCAUCUUUUCUAUAUUUUUGAUUUAUUAUUUUCAAAAUAGGAACAUAGGCACCAUUAUGUUAAAUGAUUGUCUAUCAUGACAAUCAUCUGAUCGUCACUGGUGUGCUAGCUAGUCGUUAGACCUCGCCACGCGUACUCGCUGUGAACGCCAUCUAUGGAGUGAUGUCCUAAUUCACAAGAAGCAAAAAAUGAUGGCUCACAGCAGCCCCCAAUAAAACUAAAUUCAACUAAAUCUAUUUGUAUUAAAUAUAAGCAUUUGAAUUUCCCAUAUACAUGACAAGAGGUUUCUUGAAAUAACCUACAGUCUCUGCAUCUUUUAUUUGAUUUGGUAGCUUAUUAUAUUCCCUCUGACCUUUGUACAUGAUUGUUUUCACACUUUAUUGGUUUUUAUUAAAUGAAAAUAGGAUUUGAUUCUGGUGUAAUAGGUAUGACUUUCAUUGUUUCUUCGCAGGGGUGCAACUAAACAAUUUGGCGAAGUUUCUUUUACAAUAUUGAAUAUAAGUACCAUGGUCAUUAAGUAAAGAUGUUGGCUUACAGACAACCACUGUAGAGUAUUUAAAAUGUAUUCAAUUCUUGUGUAUCUGUUGCAUUGCAAAAUUAUCCGCAUUCUCCUAAUUUGUAGUUUUUGUAGUGUGCUUGAUUUAUUCUUGCUGAAGAAAUAUAAUGAAGAUGAAUAGUAUUGAAAAUGGGGCUUUAUUAUAGUAUAGAACUUAAAGCUUAGGCCGUCGAAGCUGUUAAUCGCCUCCGCUAGUGCCAUCUCUAAGGCAGAUGUUAAAUUACAUCAGAGUCACGGCGCACAGCUCAAGUAUCUUGACGUUUGGGCAAUACACACAGCUACUACAUAUGAACCUGAAGUGAAUGAUAGCUAGUUCCAAAUUGACAAGUAUGGCGAUCAGAUCGCUAUCCCUGUCAUUUUGCAGUUACGCAUUAAGGGAUAUAAUGGACUGUGCUAAAAUUCUGGGAUUAGACAAAGUCAUGCCAAUAAUUGUGACUCUUCUGGUAUAAAAACGCUCGGACACGUCAAUUUUGAUUUAUAGGGGGACGUCU